AUGACAUCAGUCCCCCACACCCUAACUUCACAAAUGGAACCAACAUAUACUCGAAGUGCUCUUCCAUGUGUUGAUGAACCUUCAAGUAAAGCUAUAUUUGACAUUCGUGUCAAACAUGAUGCUUCAUAUGUUGUAUGGGCAAAUGGAGAACUUGAACGUUCGAAAAUAUUGAUUGAUGAUCGAAUUCUAUCUCAUUUUACUCCAACAAUUGAACAUUUUGUCGCACCUAUUUUUGAAGGUGUUGCCAUGAAAAACUAUGGUUUAUUAAUUGAUGUCGAGGAUGGUUUGCUUUUCGAUGAGAACAUAGGAUCGACUUCACAACAACAAUAUGUAACUGCAAUUUUAACCCAUGAAAUAGUGCAUCAAUGGUUCGGUAAUUUGGUAUCAUCAGCUUGGUGGGGCGAACUUUCAGCAACACAACAAGAUCUUUGGCGAUAUUUAACUGAAGCUACAAACAAUAUAAUCGACGUAGAACAUAUUAUGACUGGAUGGACACGUCAGGCAAAUUAUCCAAUCGUUGAAGUUAAUCGAAUUUAUACAAAAACUGUCCAUAAAUUAGAACAACAGAGAGUUGAUGAUGAAUUAAUGAUUAUGCAACGAUCAUUUAAUCUUUUACCAUCACUAACAAAGCAAGAAACAUGA